UGUACGACGCUUGUGUCUGGUUUCCAAGACGUAGUUUCACAUCAGCCAACUAGCUGGUAUGUAAAUAAAUUAGUGCGCAAACGCGUCCUGAUCUGUUUUUUUUUUCUUCGUGUGAUUAGUUUACCGUCUGGAUAUUGUGUGUUUUUCAAACAAUGUCCACUUCGUAAUCAUCUCCGUAAUCAUCUCCAAGUUCUGUGGCCUUUUAAGAAAGACUCAUGGCCGGCUAGCGAACAACUCACCUAAAGCUCGCGUCAAGUAGCUGAUCUGUGUUGGUUUCGGUGAAGACGGCGGCGAAGAUCGACAGCAGUAAACAUAUUCCAAAGCUUUAAAGAUGGGUGAACAACUGAAGUUCAUCGUUGAACAACUUAACAAAGACCCCUUCAAGAAGAACUUUAACCUAAUCAAAUUUGACUCUCUUGAACCAAUGCAGCUGCUGCAGGUACUAAACGAUGUAUUGGCUGAAAUAGAGCCAAAGCAAACUAUUGAUAUCAGAGAAGAAAUGCCUGAACAAACGGCAAAGAGAAUGUUCACUGUAAUUGGAAUGCUGAAAUAUAAGCCUCCUGGGAAUCUCUCAGAUGUGAGCAGUUUUAGGCAGGGUCUGGUGAUGGGCAGUAAGCCUGUGAUCCAUCCUAUCCUCCACUGGUUGCUUCAGAGAGUCCCAGAGCUCAAGAAGAGGGCAUACCUGGCUCGAUUUCUUAUGAAACUGGAGGUGCCUGCCGAGUUUCUGCAGGAUGAUGUCAUCAAUGACACGUAUCACCAGUAUGAAGAGCUGGUGGAAGCAUUCAAGACUUGUCAUAAGGAGUGUGAGCAGCUGAGGACAUCAGGCUUCUCCACAGCAGAAAUCAGAAGGGACAUUAGUGCAAUGGAAGAGGAGAAAGACCACCUAAUUAAACGUGUGGAGAGGCUGAAGAAGAGGGUGGAGUCAGUGCCCAACCACCAACGCAUGCUAGAACUGGCCAGACAACUCCGGGUAGAGAAGGAGAGAGAAGAGUCACUUGCUCAACAGAAGCAAGAACAGAAAAACCAACUGUUUCAGGCAGAGCAGAGGCUGCAGCGAUCCAGGCAGCAGUUGAAUGACCUACGAAAGGCAGCAGCAGAUGCCAGUCCAGAGAGCUUAAUGAAAAGGCUGGAAGAAGAGGUCAAGAUUAACACGUACAUGGUGACAGAAAAACUCCCAAAGGAGCUUGACAGUAAGAGGCGAAUGGUGCAGUUCUUGCAGAAGGUGGUGUCCAAGCCUGCCAUGGGCCAGGCUGAGCUCCAGGAACUGGAGGACAAUAUUAAAGAAGUCAACACUCAGAUAAACCAGCUGAGUGAGAAGAGGAUGAUGAGAAAUGAUCCCAUGGAUGACAAACUGACCCUUUUCAGGCAACAGGCCUCUAUCAUUAUUCGUAAGAAGGAGGCAAAGGCAGAGGAGCUGCAGGAAGCAAGAGAGGAGCUGGCAGCAGCAGAGAGAACACUGGCCAAGAGGAAAAGCACGGCACGAGAUGUGGACGGAGAUGAGGUUAUCCGGGGUGAUGAGUUAAAGCGUUUGGUGGUGAAAUUACGGAGCAAAGGAACAGUGUACAAGAAGAAACGGCAGGAGAUGGCGGAGCUGAAAGCAGAGUACGGUGUUCUGCAGCGCACAGAGGAGAUUCUCAAACAGAGACAUGAAUCCAUUCAACAGCAACUGCAAUCUAUAGAGGCUCAGAAGGGGAUCUCUGGCUACAGUGACACUCAGGAGGAGUUGGAGAGGGUUUCGGCCAUCAAGAGCGAGCUGGAUGAUGUGAAGGGCCGCACGCUUGACGACAUGUCUGAAAUGGUGAAGAAAUUAAAUUCUAUGAUAGUGGAGAAAAAAUCUGCUUUGGCCCCUAUCAUCAAAGAGCUGAGGCCUCUGAGACAACAGUGUCAGGAGCUAACACAGGAAUACGAAGAGAAGAAGUCCCAGUAUGAAAGCUGUGCUACUGGUCUGGAGAGCAACAGAUCCAAAUUAGAACAGGAGGUGAAAGCACUAAGAGAGGAGACCACACAGGAGGAAAACCGAUACCAUUAUGUCAACUGCAUGAAGCAGAUCAUUGAGGUGCAAAUGCAGCAGGCGGCAGAGGAGACAAAGGCCUAUGUGUCAUCUGAUCCACAAGAGAGAAAAAAGACCAUCAGAGAGCUAUAUAUGAAAAACAUUGCGGAACAGGAGUCCCUUGGCAAGAAAUUACGGGAGACACAGAAGGCAGUGAGGGAGAGCCAUGGCCCCAACAUGAAGCAGAUUAAGAUGUGGAGCGACUUGGAACAGCUGAUGGAAUGCAAGAGGCAGUGCUUCGUAAGAGCCCAGAGCCAGGCCUCCAUUGGCCAGGUCAUCCAGGAGGGAGGAGAGGAUCGGCUUGUGCUGUGAGGAUCCCAUCUUGACAAGGUCAUCUCUUCAGAUACCCAAAUUCACUACAGAGAAUCUUGAGUUAUCUCACUGUGGUUUAUCGUUCAACAACAUUGUUUGCACAUACAUACAUUACAAUCUGGAGUACUUUUUAGUGAGGUUUUGGAUUUUUGAUGAAACUAUUCUAGAGACUCCUGUCUGUGUAAUGUUAUGGAAUGCUAAAGCUGUUAGUGAAAUAAGAAUGAAUGCCAUAAAUUAACCAGUGCAUACCAGUUUUAGCUUUAGUUUGAAAAGCCAAAUGCCAACUGUUCAUCACCACUGGCUUGAAGAUAAUUUAGAAGUAUUGUAGAAACAUCAAAUCUCCUUUGUUUUCAGUUAAACAUUUUUUUGUUUCAUGCAACUAACUGAGUGUUUUCCGUGCAUCUUAAUCAUAUUUGUGGUUUGUAAAUCUUAACAGACUGCUUAUAACAGUUGUAGAGCACAAGCAGCUUUUUGUCAUUUGUGCAAAGAUUAACAAUUGUUCUAGAACUACUUUUGUUUUAUUAAUGAUUUUGUAAUGCAAUGCUGCUGAGUUUCACUUGAUGGUUUAUCUCUGUGAGGAGUGCUCUUCCGGUGAUAACACUGUUUGAGGUGCCUAGUGAAUUGAGAAUUGAAAGAAAACAUGUAUGGGGGACGUGCUGCGGGAUAAGGGCUUUCACCCUCUGCGGCCCACUGACUUCAAACAUGUGCCAUGUCCUCCUCACAUCUUUAAGAAUACAUCUUUAAUCAAAGUGUCAGAAGAUAACGGCGUACAAAGUGGGUGCACUUGGGAUGUGGUUGCACUCAGCUAUUCCUGGAAACAACAGCCAUGACUUUGGACAGGGUAUCUUGCCAAUUUUGGAAUUCUAUGGGACCUCUGUUUUUACAGGCACUUCAGAGCAGAUGAAUUUGUCAUGUUCCGCUUGCUUUCAUUUUAUAACACUGCCUGAUUUUACAAGAGAACCCAGAUGGGGGAAAAAAAAAAGUUUAAUGUAAGUAGUCGAUACUUCAGUAUUUUCAUAUUAUUUUCUCAUAAAUUUGUGAUGUAUUUAAUUUGACUCAAAUAAGUUGCAUUUUUGAUUAAUCAAGCAUAGUAUAGAAACUGCAGUUACCAAAAUUACUUUACCCGAACACCACUAUUCCUAACCAAAUACCCAAUUCAGUUAUUCAACUACUUUAUUUUAGAUUAAAUGAGCCCUCAAAACCCAAAAGUAAAACUUUUUCCCUGAAUUCUGGAAAUCAGUGAUACAUUUACAGCAUUCUGUAACUGACAGCUUAGUGGUAUUUUUCUUGACUUUCUUUAGAGGUUAAUAUAAUGUUAAGUAACUGUUUUUUUUUAUAUCUUUUUUGGA